AUGGACGAACUUGGGAAAGCAAAAGACUCUUCCAUUAGUGUUGCUGUUCGAAUUCGACCUCUAACGCCCCUUGAGAAAACGUAUAUACAAGAUGAAUAUGAGAGCUUAAGUAUUGAUGGCAGAAACAGGGCUGAAACCGACUCACCAAAUGGAGAGGACACUCACUUUGGGGAUCUGAGGAACCAAAGAAUUGUUGCUUCGUCAUUUCCUCUAAAUUUGACUAUCAAGAGAGUUCUUGAUGUUGUUGAUGAUCGAAUGUUGAUUUUUGACCCAAAGAAUAACAAUUCACGUGGAAUAACUCGAAGACAUACUUUGAAUUCAGGUAGUAUUGGUUCACAUAAUAGACGACACAAGGAACAUAAGUUCAUUUUUGACAAAUUAUUUGAUGAGCAAGCCACCCAGAAUGAUGUAUAUGAACACACAGCAAAGCCUUCGGUUGACGCUGUAUUGGAUGGAUUCAACUCUACCAUAUUUGCAUAUGGUGCAACUGGUUGUGGUAAAACAUUCACUAUUACGGGAACACCAGAGCAACCGGGAAUCUUGUUCUUAGCAUUAGAGGAACUGUUUCAAAAAAUUGAGGACCAAACAGAUAGGAAAAUUUCUGUCCAGGUAAGUUACUUGGAAAUUUACAAUGAAACCAUUAAAGACCUACUUAAUGUUGAAACAUGUCCAAAGAGACUAGCAAUAUUAGAAAAUGAAAACCAAGAGAUAAUUGUUUCAAAUCUAACUAAGGUUGAUACGAACAAUGUCGAGGAGGUAAUGGAUGUCGUUGUGAAAGGAAACUAUAAUAGGACUGUAUCACCAACUGAAGCAAACCUGAACUCAUCUAGGUCACAUGCAGUUUUGCAGGUCUACAUUACACAGACUCCUACAGUUUCUGAUAUUUAUGAAAAAAGUACGAAAUCUAUUCUUUCCAUUAUUGAUUUAGCUGGUAGUGAGAGGGCUAGUGCAACUAAGAAUAAAGGCACGACUUUGCAUGAAGGUGCUAAUAUUAAUAAAUCAUUAUUAGCAUUGGGAAACUGUAUAAAAGCAUUAUGUGAUCCAAGAAAAAUUUCGCAUGUUCCUUAUAGAGACUCUAAAUUGACAAGAUUAUUGAAGUUUUCCUUGGGUGGUAACUGUAAAACUGUCAUGAUUGUAUGUGUUGCACCAAGCUCAAGGCAUUAUGAUGAAACACUAAAUGCCUUGAAAUUUGCCAAUAGGGCUAAGGAGAUUAAAACCAAAGUCAUGAGAAACAGAACCACUGUGAUGAAGCAUGUAGGAUCCUAUAUGAAAAUAAUAUCCGACCAAAAAAGGCGAAUAUAUGAACUCGAAACACUUAUGAACUCAACGAUCAAAAGAGAAGUUGACAAGUCCUUUAAUAAACAUAACAGAAUACGUAACCAGAUUUAUUCAAUGAUUGACAGACUCUGGAACAAUGUUAACAAGGUGGCGCAUUUGAAGGUAGAAAAGAUUCAUAUUGUUGUCAAACGGAAGUUAAUGAUGAUAUAUAUCAGGCAAAUCAAGGAUUUCUACAGUGGGUUAGAGAGGUAUGAUACUUUGGAUAAGCUUAAUGAUUUGAAAGUGGAUAUUUACACUAUAAUUGAAAGUUCUACUUUACAACUAGCCACUUUAGCAGAAUCUUACAAUAAAAGGUCUGAAUUAGACUCGAUUCUGUUGGAUACUGCAAAUGCCUUUUUGCUGAAAUUGAAAGAGCUGGAAGGAUGGAACCAGGAGUAUGAAGACUUAUACAAAAGAGAAGUUGAUUAUCUCAAAGCUGACAUUGAACGGCAAGUGUUUUAUGAGUCAUCCAUACUGUUGGAUCAACUCAUUGAAAACUCUGAUGAAAUUGCUAAUCUAGAUCUGAUUCCUAAAAUACUGGCACAAUAUUUAUCCGUUGUGGAAGAUGUUGCUAAGGAUUUCAAAACGGUUGAGGAGGCACGGAUGAGAUGCUAUCAACUAUCCGACAAUCUUGUUGAAAGCUGCAGUCAAUUGAAGAAUAUUGAGUUGGAUACACUUUCCAAUGAAUUGAAUUCAACCAAUUUGAAAAAACGCAGGAUAAGUAGUAAUGGAGAGGUAUUUGAUAAAGGUGGUGAGAGAUCAGAACUAUCGUUUAUAAGGCAAGGAAAUAGGAUUAGUUCCAUAAACAACAAAUUGAUGAGGAUCAAUUUGAGUAAUGACGAAGAAAAAUAUAAGGAUGCCCAUAUGGAUUCUAUGUCCGAGGUAGAUUCCUCUUUGGUUCUUGAAACCGAGCCAAAGACAAAUCCACCACCUAGGGUUACACCUGUGGCGCAAAAUUUAUUCUUAGGGUCCGAAUCAACACCACGUAAUGAAAAUGUGAUUGAUGUUCUCCAAGAUUAUGAAUCUCCAGAAUUUGUUAGAAAAAAAAGCUAUAGUAGCACCAUGAAUGAUGAAAAAUUCACCAUUCCGGAAGAAGAUGAUUCCAAUUCGAGUGUUAUUAUUCGGAAGCCAAAAGAAACUGCCAAUUCAAACAAUUUGUACUUCAGGUCUCCCAUUUCCCCAGUAGCACCAAAAGUAAAAUCCGAGAAAUUGACAUCCAAGAAACUCCCCGCCUCUCCAAGAAUAACCAGUCCACAUAGGCUGUUGGGACUAGAUGCUGACAAUAACACUUUCCAGUUCAAGCUUCGUGAAUCUAUGGGCAACAUGGACAUCUUCUCCAACAAGGAAAACUUUGAAGGUGAAGAUGAUCCGAGCACAGACAUUUCAAAAAAAUUGAACAUCGACAUGUCAUGA